AAACACAAAACCAGUCCAGACUGUUUUCACUGAAUUUCUAGAAAUAAGCCAGUUUCUACUUCUCUUGCUCCCUCUCAGUGUUUUAGCUGAAACACUAAAGGAGCCCACGUGUCUCCUUUAGGGAAAGACAGCCGUUGAAAGCCUAAUUUGGGAGUUACACGCAUUCUCCUGCCCAGCCAGAAAAAGCCCUCAGGCUGGUGAUGGGCGCCUUGCCAGCAAGCACCCAGCUCCCCGACCCGCAGCUCCUCCCCUAGAGGCGAAGCCGGGGAUUUACCGGUGCCGGAAAACCAAUGAAUGCCGUGGGACAGAGGACCGGCAGGCCACCGGGACUGCAGAUGGGGGACUCGUCCACUCUCGAGAUUUCAAUUCUCACUUUCCUGUUGCUGAUUCCCAGACUCUUCACACCCAGGACUCUGCCUGCUGCCAGGCCUUCCAACAACGGUCACGUGGACGCCUGCCCUGAGCUCCGGUGUUUUGCCGGUUUGUCACCGAUGCUUCCGGCAGCGCUGCAAGGAAAAGAAGUCUUCCCCAGAACUCAUCUAAGAGGGAUUUGCUUCUGCUUCAUUGGGUGGGGCGUAGUGACUCCGGGACAAAUCGGUGGCCAAGGAGAGGAGAUCCCACGGCUGACUGAGUCAAAACCACUCCCCGAAGGUGAGGAAGAGGAGAUCCCGGCCACUGCUGCACAGAUGGAGGCACUGAUGAGUGAUGAGUGGCGUCAGAUGCACAGUGUAACUUCUGGAACACGUUGUGCCCCUGCCCUCCGACAGCCUGAUGUUCUCCACCCCCGCCGGUGCACUGGAGCCCCUGACCGGGACAAGUCUGAAGCCGGCUUCUGGGGCUGCCGGGGCGAGCGAGGAGGUAGAUGGACAAACGGGCCGUGCCAUUCUGGGUGGUCAUUUGUAUGGUGA